UGUGCUAAACGAUGCCUCCAAGCAAAUGUUGGUAUCUGAGGAACCAUAAAAGAACUGCAGCUAUGAGACAAGACCAGAGCAGCAGCGAUGAGGGGGACGUGGCUCAGAUCCAGGAGAUGUGCCUCAUUUUUCUGAGGGAAUGUCCCAGCGGCGCCCUGCAUCUACACGAGUUCAAGAAGAUCUUCGGCGUUCAGAGCAGCUCGCCGGAGGAUUCCCAAUUCCUAGAGACGAUCUUCCGUUCCUUCGACACAAACCAGGACAACACCCUGGACUUCAUUGAGUACGUCGCCGCCCUUAACUUGAUUUUAAGAGGAAAUCUGGAAGAUCGUCUCAAAUGGUCCUUCAAGAUGUACGACCGGGAUGGGAACGGAAAGCUGGACAGGAACGAGGUGAAGCGGCUCAUAAGGAUUCUUUAUAAAAUCAAACUCCAUAAAAACGAAGUCGGACUGACUCCGUCCCAGAUCUGUGAUCGGAUCUUUGAUCUCGUUGACGACAACAACGACGGUGAGAUAACCCUGAGUGAGUUCAUGGAAGGAGCCAAGAAGGACCAGUGGCUCAUGGACCUCCUCAAUCUGGACGUCAACACCUCCGGCUGGGUGACCCAGAACUGCAGAAAGCUCCCAUGAUGCCUUGCAGUGAGAGCAGCGUCUUCAUGUUUAGCUUCUGGAGAGAAAGAACUGUUCAUUUGGUUUAAAAUGAUUCACCCUGCGGUUCUGAACCGCUCCGAGUCCGGAGCCGGACCUCUUAACGUGGCAGAGGUUCUGCUGGGCCGGUCCGAUAGACGGCCUGUGAUUUCUGUCAUCAGUUACAGACAAAUUAACUGCUAAAUAUCCACAUUUAUCGGAUUUCAUUCUCCAUAGAUCUGCUCUGUCUGGAUAUUUACUGUUAUUUUCAGAUCUUCUUAGUGAUUCACUGAAGUCAUGAAUAUUUUAAAGAGUCAUUUUAACUCUGUUUAAAUUCCUCGGCGGUUAAAACGGAAACGUUUUCAGACAUGUUGCAUCCAGAAGCUGCAGGUGUUCAGGAUCCUGAUGUGAAGGAGGGAGCAGAGGUCCAAACACAGAAAGAAACAUCCAUCUGGGAUGAAGAAGGUUAAAAACCCAGAAGUAUCCAGAGCAGAGAACCGAUUUAAUUCUGACAUCAGACCAGAUGAACAAACUCAGUAGACUGAAAAAAAUGAUUUAUUGCACAAAUUUGCAUGUUUACACAGACAUUUGCAAAGUUUUGGACCCAUCAUUAUCAUAACGCUGUAACUUGACUGAGGAUUUGAUUUCAAAGUAAAAUAAAGUAAUUUCAUCACAAUCUG